CUGGGUUUCACAGCUUUGUCUGUAGGUAUGCCUGUCAUUUUGCGACUUCGCAAUGUCUCCACUGACCUCGGGAUAACUAAUGGCUCACAGGGUACUGUCCGGCAUAUCUACACUGAACAAUGUUCCCAUGACAUCACCUAUGCGACCUGUGUACUGGUUGAAUUCCCACACAGCAAAGUCCAUUUAACUGGUUUGCCAAAGGGUGUGUUCCCCAUUCUGCCUUCCACUUGGUCAUUUACAACAUUACUUGACUGCGAUGGUUCUCACAAGAAAGUUCAUGUGACUCGCCAUCAAAUCCCAAUUCAGCCGGCAUAUGCAGUCACGGGUCACUCUUCACAGGGAAAAACACUUCCCAAUGUU